AUGUUCGGUCUAGGCUCGGCGUUCUACCUGAUCCUAUUCAUCACAAAUGCCCUUGCUGUGUUAUCAGAGGAACGAUUUCUUGCACGAGUCGGCUGGUCAUCACACGCACUAGCAAGCCAAUCGCAUUCUUUCGAUCAAGGUUUCGGCUCUGCGUCUCAAUCCAACCCCUACGCAGCGGAUAACGUUACGAUCAAAGCUAGACUCAUCAAUCUAAUCAGCGCUGUUAGGACUCUGAUGCGAAUUCCGCUCGUGGUGAUUAACAUUGUUGUCGUAGUAUAUCUCAUCAUUCUGGGCUAG